AUGGAGCGGAUCGGCGCGGAGCUCGCCGCCAUUCAGCGCAUCGCACUCGACGCCGACCAUCCCGAGGCCGCCGCCGCGCUCCUCGGCGCGCUCCGCCGGACGCUCGAGAAGAAGCUCGGUGCGGCCGAGGAGAGCGGGGCAGGCUGUGCUGCGGCUGCAGCCUCACCAGUGUGCUCGCGCCAGCACCUCCUCUUCCUCGUGCACGGCAUCGGCCGCCACGACGACUUUAUCGACGGCAAAAACCUCUCCUGGGACGGCCAGCCGGACGGGAAGGGCGACGGCCCAGGAGGCGAACUCACACCAUCGGACGACACCACUCGCCGCACGCUUCUUUGGCAGCAGCAGCUCUUUCACACGUUUGGUCGCGAACACAGGCAACCGCGAGCGCAGCUGCGGACACGGCUGCGCGGGAUCAAGGCGGCGGAAGGAGAGGCAGAGGGCGGUCUGAUGCCGGGCGAGUGA